AUGACGUCAAGGUGGUACGUGUCGUUGCCUCAUAUUUGCCUGUUACGAUUUGAUAUUGGAGGUAUGAUCACCGAGUUCCCGGCGGAGGAAACGGUUGCGAAUGGACGGUCAUUGCAACCUUUUUUCACUCUUCAAUCGCACAAUUACAUUGUCAUAAACAUGUUUAGUUUGUUUCCACGCGAUGUUCCUUUUGAAUUUCGACUUCAAGGCGAACCUUCUGCUCACAGAAUAUUCUUAGAGAUGAUCACGAGAAAACUUAUGCCUUUGGUGGUGUCUCUUGUAACACCUUUGCUCUCUUUUUAA